AUGCAUCCGGAAACGCCUGAUCGGCGGCUCGACGACCUGCUACCCCCACGGAUCACGGCGGUAACACGUUAUCAACCACCUGUUCCAAAGACCAAAACCGGAAGUCCUCUAGUCCGUUCACGCAAACGUUCUGGCACUGCCACCACCAGCGCCGAGUCGGACCGGUGUAAGCGCAUCCAGCUUACCUGUGAGCAGGACACAGGGGUCGAUGACACGAUAGAAGACGACACCAGCGAAGCGGAUGGUUCAACCGAAGAAGACACUAGCGAAACGGACAGCGAUGAUGAAGACAUCUGGGACGGUAUGACGAUUUUACCGCCCCCUCGAACGCUAAGCCAGAGCAGCAGCACGGAUUCGGAAGUCAGUGACAAAGCAGCCGGCCCGGAAGAARUGCACGAAGCUGAGGCCAGAGGAAAGCCUUCUCUUGCAUCCCUCGUCAACAUCAAAGAUGACCGGUUGCAGCAACGUAAGCUCGACGCCAUCCUUAUCUCGGCGCAAGCCGUCAAGUACAAGGAGUUCAGCGAGGAUUUCAUUCCCGCCGCUCUCUCCGUCACUAAGCCAGAUGGUGAUGUCGGAGACGUGUAUCUAUGGAACAAGCUCCGCCAUCGAUCGCAGAAGACGUACCUCGGCGGCAACAUUUUCGUUUUCCAUGCGUUCGAGCUAACGUACGAAUUUGAACAACGCCUGCAUAGCAUCGGAUUGAAAGUCGAGGACCGUCAGGUGGACCAGAAUCUGGCUAGACAUGUCCGACACGUGAGGAUCCAUACCGUUGAUGUCCGCGGCCUCACCCGCCAAAAAGCAACACUAGAGAUCAACAAGCUGCGGGCCAAAAACUACCGCCACACGAUUUGGUACGGCCAGCGACAGUUUCCCAACGCUCUAAUUGAGACUCUUUUGUAUGAAAAGAACAAGUCGAAGAGGUGGGCCAACAUACAUGAGAUCCGUGCCRUCAAGAGGAGGCUGCGGUCGUCGAACCUGAAAAUGUAG